AUGUCACUUUCUCCCUCCCUCCUCAUUGACAUUGAUGUCAACCGUCUGCGCUACACCUGCCCCAGAUGCGAGCGUUCCCUCCGCCCAGAGCUUGCCACCGUGAUUCCCAUCCUAGAAGAUCUGCUUCCAUUUGUUGCGCCACCCAAGUCGGACGCCGCUGGGAAGGCUAGUGGGUCAAGGCCAGAAGAGCAGGAGGCCUCCGUGGGUGCUCUGCCCGGCGCCACCUCGUCCAUUACCUCGGGUCUUGUGGUCUCCCUCAUCUCGGUCGCCUUCCUUCUGCGUCUUCCCGACCUUGCUGCUGUACAGAUGUUGUGUGAACGUGCCUUUGCCUUUGCCCGUCGG